ACGGCGCGACUCGCCUAAAGGAUCCCGUAGAUGGGGGAGGUCUAUCGUAUUAGGAGUCGAGAAACAUCCACUCCGCUUGCCAAGUUCCAGAAUCAUUCGACGUCCGUGGUUUGCCUGAGCCUCGGCCAUAUGUACCUUCUUUCCUCGAACCAAUCAUUCGUAGUAUCUUCGUGCAAACCUCCUCCACUUCCCACGCCGUCGAACGUUCGUCUUCUCCAGACUCGGGGCUAUGGCGUGGAGAGAGACACAUAUCCUAGGGCUAGGGCCGAAAUUACCAAAUAAUCCCUCAUGCAGACUACACCAGCAGCUUCUAGCCUGAUCCCGUGCCCUCAAUUGGUCGUAAAUGCGGGAUAGCGCUGGUUUCGGCCGGCUCCCUAAUGAAGUUUUUCCCCCAUGAUGACCGGAUACGGUCAAGGUUGGCUGUUGUGGCCUUCGGCCUGGAGGAGUACAAAAACUAGUCCACGGCCCCUUCCCCAUGGAGAUCGUCUAUCUCAUUCUUCUCUCCGCUUGUCAUUCCUGCUCCCUCUUCUCUCUCGACUUCUAGCGAAACUCUUUCUCAUAGACUGAUACUCGACUCAUUUCUGCUUGCCCUCCUUCACGAUGGGCCUCAUGCUAAAGAAGCCAGAUGAUGCAGUGGGUUCGGCUGCCCCUGCCAUCCUUAUUGGCUUGUUUGUGGCCUUUGGUGGUGUUCUGUUUGGUUAUGAUACCGGCACCAUCAGUGGCAUUCUGGCCAUGAAAUACUGGCGUCAGCUGUUCUCCACCGGCUAUAUCAACCCUAAUGACAACUUCCCCGAUGUGACCUCCUCUCAAUCCUCCAUGAUCGUGUCUCUGCUGUCUGCGGGCACUUUCUUCGGCGCUCUGGGUGCCGCCCCCGUUGCUGAUUACUUCGGUCGUCGCAUUGCUAUGAUCAUCGACUCAUUCGUCUUCUGCUUCGGUGUUAUUCUCCAGACUGCCGCCACAUCCAUCCCACUGUUUGUUGCCGGAAGAUUUUUCGCCGGCUUCGGUGUCGGUUUGCUCUCCGCAACCGUCCCUCUGUACCAGUCCGAGACCGCUCCCAAGUGGAUUCGCGGUACCAUCGUCGGUGCCUACCAGCUGGCCAUCACCAUUGGCUUGCUGCUUGCUGCCAUCGUGAACAAUUCCACCAAGGACCGUUGGGAUACUGGCUGCUACCGUAUCCCGGUUGCUGUUCAGUUUGCCUGGGCUAUCAUCCUGGUUGUCGGUAUGCUCCUGCUCCCGGAGACACCUCGCUUCUUGAUCAAGAAGGACAGGCACGAAGCUGCUGCCAAGGCUCUCUCGCGCCUUCGUCGCAUCGAUGUCAACGAUCCCGCCAUUGUGGAGGAACUCGCUGAGAUCCAGGCCAACCAUGAAUAUGAACUCAGUGUGGGCAGUGCCAGCUACCUGGAAAUCCUUCGUGGUAGCAUCGGCAAGAGACUUGCUACUGGUUGUGCCGUUCAGGCUUUGCAGCAGCUGGCUGGUGUUAACUUCAUCUUCUACUACGGGACAACCUUUUUCGAACACUCCGGUAUCAAGGACGGAUUCAUCAUCACCUUGAUCACUAACAUUGUCAACGUUGUCUCGACCUUCCCGGGUCUCUACAUGGUCGAGAAAUGGGGUCGUCGUCCUCUUCUCAUGUUUGGAGCUGUCGGCAUGUGUGUCUGCCAGUUUAUCGUCGCCAUCGUUGGAACUGCCACAUCCUCCGAUGUCUCCAACAAGGUGCUGAUCGCCUUCGUCUGCGUCUACAUUUUCUUCUUCGCUUCCUCCUGGGGCCCCGUCGCUUGGGUUGUGACCGGCGAACUCUUCCCCCUCAAGGCUCGUGCCAAGUGUCUCUCAAUUACGACGGCCACCAACUGGCUCCUCAACUGGGCCAUCGCUUACGCCACCCCCUACAUGGUUAACUCGGGCCCGGGUAAUGCCAACCUGCAGUCCAAGGUGUUCUUUAUCUGGGGAGGCUUCUGCAUGAUUGCCGGUGUUUUCGUCUACACUUGUAUCUAUGAGACCAAGGGUCUUUCGCUGGAGCAGGUUGACGAGCUCUACGCCAAGAUCCCCGUGGCAUGGCGCUCCAAGGAAUUUGUCCCGUCCGUUAACUACGUCGACGUCCGUGACGUUGCUGCGGGCAAAGGUAAAGCCGACCUCAAUGAGCUGGAGGCUGAUGCCCAAGCCAAGCGUGGUUUGGAGCAUGUUGAGAAGGCUUAGAAGCAUAAUUUGGCGUUUGUCAAUUGGGUUUUGCGGUCUUGGUUAGAGGUGUUUUUUUUUUUUUUUUAUCCUGUGCGCUUCCAUAACAGCCUUUAUACCUAGCGAGUGGUUGUUUGCAAUUUUACUCUGGUCACG